AUGCCCCCUCACGAAGGACUCGUCCACCCCAAAGAAUAUGACAUCAAAGACAGCAAUGUCGAAUUGAUCGGUUCCGACCUUGACCACCGUGUCAAAUACAACUCCGCCGCUACCGAGCCCGCUUGGAACAACGGAUCCAUCGGCCAGGAGCCGGGUCUGUUCGUGUGGAGGAUUGAGAACUUCGAGGUUAUACCAUGGCCCAAGGAGCGGACGGGCGAAUUCUACAACGGGGAUAGCUACAUUGUCCUGCAUUCGUACAAGGUGGGGGACAAGCUGGGUCAUGACAUCUUCUUCUGGCUGGGCAGUAAGACCACCCAGGAUGAAGCCGGUACAGCCGCUUACAAGACGGUCGAGCUGGAUGAAUUUCUGCAUGGCACCGCGACGCAGCAUCGCGAGAUUGAACAGGAGCCAUCGGAGGAAUUCCUGGGACUGUUCCGGCACAUCUCCAUCCGGUCGGGCGGCGUGCGAUCAGGAUUCCACCACGUCGAGCCUGAAGCACCCAAGGAGAUCCUGACCUUGCUUCGCGUAUUCAAGCAUCCCACUGUGGGUCGCUCGAUUAUCGUGCACGAGGUGGAGCCCACCUGGCAAAGCCUGGACGAGAACGAUGUGUUCGUCUUGGACAAGGGUGAUAAGAUCUGGGUCUGGCAGGGAAAGAACUGCAGCCCCAUGGAAAAGGCCAAGGCUGCGCAGGUGGUCAAUGAUAUGACGCUGGCUAAGCAUAUUGAUGUCGAGGUUCUGUCCCAGCUCGAGUCGCGCUCCAGGGUCAUUGUGGACUUGCUGGGAGGCAAGGAGGCCGACCCGGCCACAUUCCAGGCUCCGCGACCGGGGCGUUUUGCCAAACGCACGGACGAGGGCAGCGAUGUGCGGUCACGCAAGCUCUUUAGACUGAGUGACUCGUCCGGCACACUCACCUUCGACCUGGUCAAAGAUGGCCAGCGUGUGAGCAAAUCUGACUUGGUUGGAAACGAUGUUUUCCUCUACGAUGUCGGCAACAGGCUGUGGGUCUGGCAGGGAUCCGAGGCCAGCCAGCGUGAGAAAGCGCUGUGGCUCAAGGUUGCCCAACACUACGUCCGUCAGCUGCAAAACCAACUCCCAGAGGCACACUACAUCCCGAUCGCCAAGGUCGUGGAGGGCUACGAGAGCCCAGCGUUCAUGAGAGCCAUCGAGGCCUAG